CCCGGCCUCACAGUAGAACUCACACUCCAACCAUCCAUGAAAACAUCCCUCAAACACUUCUCGCUUCAAUCCUCCCCUUCCACCUCUUACCCCCCUUUCUCUCCUCUAUCUUCUCGAGCGCUCGUGGCACCAUCAUCCCCCUCUAACUCCCCCAAGCACAUCCACACCCGGCACCACCAACAACAGAUCCCGCGGCAACCACCCCAUCCCCCAUCACCACAUGACUUAAGUCUCGCAUUCCCUACCUCCCCCUCCCUCACCGGCCCCGCAUACGCAUCAUAUAGCCGCAUCAGCCUCCCCAGCGGAUCCCACUACCCGGCCAACCACCCCCCGACUUCACCUUCUCCCACGGCCGCAAUCUCAUAUCAGCUGGCGCGUAGUAUCCCAACACCGCCUUCGCGCUCGUCGAGCGUGAAGAGGACGUUUUUUGAUCUCGAUGCCGUGGUUUGAGCGGAGGCAGGAGGAGAAG